AUGAACACAGCAACAGACACACUACAUCUGGCGACGCAGGGCACUUCGGCGGAUGACUUCUUGAGAUAUACAGGAGUGGACUUGGCUACAGCGAUCGAAUGCUUGAGAGCCGGAUGUGUGGAGACACCUGCUCACUUCGCGGCUUACAUGCGCCAGGGUCGUGGCCAUUCUGCAGAAGGUCCAGCUUUCCUUCACGGCAAGGAAGCGGGCCUUCGCGCGAGCGACAGGCGCGCACCCUUCCGAUCCCACGCGGGAGCAUCUUUUGAUGGGCACUCUGGGACAAGCUACCUGAUGCCUUCCCUCUCUUCUUCGCCAGGUGGCAAGACGGAUGCGCACAAGCUCGCCCUUGGAGCACUUCAAACGGGUCAGGCGCAGCAGCCAUCAACUUUCUCUAUGGAAGCCGAGAAUACCAAUUCUGAGGAGACUCCCAAAACCCAGGCAAUGCACUUCACACCAGCACGGUCCUGUGCACCUGACAAGAGCACCGGGACACCAAACCUAAGGGACUACAUCCCCUCGGAUCUGCCGGAGCCUGAUCCAGAGCAACAAGAAGAUGAAGAGGAAGCAGAAUAUACAUCUUCACAGCCACAGCCAGUGAAGGCAGAGCAGUGCGAUUUGGACAAGGAGGCUGCUCUGCUGUUGAGCCUCUCAGACAGCAUCAGUGGAGGCCAGAAUGCCAGUCAGGAGGGCAGCCGCAGAGCACACCAGCUUCCAAACAUGCCUGUCUUCCCAGAAGGUGCCCUGUCCACUCCGGAGCAGCGUGUGGUACCAGUGCCGUCUGAUGACAAAGACGUUGUCAACAACACGGUUGGCAACGACCAGCGCUCUUCGCCAGAGGAGCAGGCAGCUGCAAAUCGUAGAUCUGAAGCUUUGAAACCGCCAGGCCAGGGAAAGAGCGAGUACGUGGGAGUGACCCCUUUCAAGAAUGGUCGCUGGAAGGCUGAGUGCUCUCAUGGUGGAAAGAAACAUCACCUUGGCAUAUUUGACAAGCCAGAGGAGGCGGCCACAGCCUACGAUCAGGCUGCUCUGUAUCUGAAGGGGCCCAGAGCCCGCCUGAACUUUGCAAAGCCAUAUGGAGAGGUUCCCAUCGACACUUUGGGCGGGCCUGUGUUAAAAACAGGCAGGGAGGGAACUGCCCCGGAGACAGGCACCAAGCCUGCAGCAGCCGCAUACAGGAAAUGCAAGGCUGAGGAAGCAGCUUUCACGCCUGUGCCUGCCGAUGAGCGGUACUCUGCGCGUGCUGAGCGAGUUGCAAAGCGCAUCGCGCGGCCUCGGACCAGCGCUGACAUCAUCAUGCCGGCAGCCGCAGCGCAGGCUCCGCGUGCAGUGGGAACAGGUGCUGGGAUGGUGACAAGCGGAGCACUUGGAAGGCCCGUGCCCAAUAGGCCGGCCCAGAGCAAGCAGAUAAUUGGCGCGCCUGUCCCAGUGAGCCCCAUUGAGUCAUAUCGUGCGGUUGCGAUUGACCUCUUGGGAAAAUACGAGGAGAAGGCAGGCAAGGGGGCAGGAGCCGCAGAGACAGGCCGGAGGAAGGCAAGAGGCAAGGCAAAUGCUCCGGAGACAGGCAUGCCUGCAGAGCGCGCAUGCAGGAAGCGCAAGGGCAGCGACAGAGAGGAUGCGGUGAUUUGUGCUAUGAUGUCUAUGCCAGUCGAGCAGCAGGGCGCUGCGCGUGCUGAGCGAGCUGCAAAGCGCAGCGCGCGCACCCGGACACUGGCCAGCGCUGACAUCCCAAUGCCAGAUCCUGUCCCACUGGCUCCGUGUGCGACGGAGACGGGUGCUGGAUUGAUGACAAGCGGAGCACUGGGAAUGCCUGUGAUCCCAGCAAGCCCCAUUGCGUCCUCACCAGAAGCGUCCCCAGCCACCUGCCUGCCAUCUGCGCGCUCGAGGAACCGCAGGAAAUCUGCUCCCAAGCGCUCUCCCUCCUGA